AUGACCAUAACACUCAAGCGCAAAGCAUCAGAAGCUGACCUCCCUCCUCGCACACCAGCGAUUCCUUCUACACUCCCUCCUUCCGUGGAGGAGGCCUAUCGUCGAAAAUGUGUUCAGCUGAAGAACCGCACCAAUGAAGUUGAAGACGCCAAUGAUGCCGCUCGACUUCGCCUUGCUCGUAUCAAGCGCCAGGUUGAAAAGUUGCGAAUAGAGCGCGCUUUUCUCCUCGAACAGCUCGCAAAGCGCACGAGCGCAAAUGUCGAGGAUUCAGACGGCAGCCCAAGCCCACCCCCUACGCCCAAAGAUAAGCCUCUGCGUACGAAGAGAGGCCACCGAAAGUCGAUGAUGCCUGAUUCCGACUCGAAGGCACCAGUCGCUGCCUCUUUUACCAACACCGCCGGCUCCCCAACUUCCGAAACCUUCUCACACCCUCCAGAAAGCCAACCCAAGCCGGCUCAUGCCAACGGUAUCUCUGCGAGCGAUUCCAAGAAGCCCACCAGUGCAUUUGAGCUGUUUUGCUCAGAAACACGGCCUGGUCUCGAGAGUAAGGAAAAGGACAGCGAGAUCCCUUUGAACAUUGAGGAUGAGCUCGCUCGUGUCUGGAAGGGUCUCUCGGAUGGUGAGAAAGAUGAAUACGAGGCAAGAUUCGAACUUUCGAUGGCCAAGAACGAGGAGUCGAAGAAAAGCCCCGCAUCUGACAAGAAGGAUGAUGAGCCUGCUGAGCCCAAGCAACUCGUUCAGGACGAGGACAUAGAGAUGGGUGAUGACACUGAGGAUCAAGAUACACAGGCUGGCGAGAAAGUCGAGUAA